AUGAGUGGAAUUAGAGCAAUAUUUUUAUUUAAAUCAAAAGAUAAUAAUUAUGAUUUGAUAUAUCAAAAACAUUUUUUUAAUAUUGAAAUAUGCGUUAAAAGUAUACAAGAAUUGAAUUAUAUAAAUAUAUUUAAAAUAAAAAAUAUUGGCGAAUUGAUUAAAGAGCAAAUAAUUAAUAAAAGAAAUGAAAAUGAGUAUUCACAUAAAAAAUACAUUGAAUUAAAUAAAACUGUGAGCUGUUACAGCAUACGUGUAAAGAAUAAAAUGUUGUAUCCAUUCUUAUUUAUGAAAAAGAAAAGUUUCAUUUUAGUAACUUUGCUACAUAUUGAUGAUUUAAAUAAUAAUAACAAUAUUAGUAUUAUAAAAAAUAAUACUGAAAAAUUAUUCUAUUAUAAUUUUAUGAGAGAAUUUUUAAAUUAUAUUGAAACUAAUUUUUUAAGAAAUAAAAGUUUUUCUAAUGUAAAUGAUAGUGGAUUAUAUAAUAAUUUAAUGCUUCGGAAAUUUACAAAAAUUCUAGAUAUUUAUAUUUCAUAUACUAUUCCUUAUGGUAGAUUUACUGGAAAUAAUUCUUUUUUUUUGAAUUACUUAAGAAAAGAUAUUUAUAAAAGUGAAGAUAUUUUACAAAGUAAUUUCUUCAUUUUUUAUAAUUUUUUAUUUUUAAUGAAUAAUGAUACUACUAUUUUAAAUGAGAAUAAAUCUGACACUUUAAAAAGCAAAUCAAUUAAUGAACGUAAUGAAUAUAAUGAAUCAAGAACUUUAAUGAAAAACGAAAAUUCCAAUUUUAUAGAAAAGAAGUACAAUAAUAUAUUAUAUGUAAAUAAUAAACCUUCUUUCGUUCUUUAUAAAAAUGAUCUUAUUUCAAAUGAUCUUCUAAAAUACAAUUUUAGAAAUUUAUUAUUUACAUUUUUUACUUUACUUAAUCAAAAUAAAAUUUUAAACCUACAAAUUUCCAAAAAUUAUUACUCAUUAUUUCUUUUAUUCUUUUAUAAUUAUUCUAUAAUUUUUGAAAAAAAUAAAAAAAUACCAAUAAUAAACAAGUUUGAUCAAAAUGAAAAUAUAAAAAUUAGUAAAGAGAACAUUCAAACAUACAUACCUUUUUAUUUACACGAAAAAAACAAACAUGAUAUACCUAUUAUAAUAAUUAAAGAAGAAUUGAACUGUUUCAUAACAAAUUUUGAAAAUGAAAAUGCAGAAAUAAAGGGUGAGAUUAUAUUAAAAAGUGACGAAGAAAAGUAUUUAGAUAUUGAUAUGAUGAUUCAAUUAGAUAAUAAUUGUUAUGAUAUAUAUGUAACAGAUCUUGCAACUGUAGAAAAAAUUGAUCACAAUUUGAAAAUAAAGUUUUCAAGUAAAUAUCCAAGUCAUAGAGUAUUGACAUAUUACUACAGAAAUUUACUAUGUCCAAUAAUAGGUUGUUAUAAGGUUAGAAGUGUAAAUGAAAAGCAAGUAGAGGUCAAUGUAAUACUACAAUGGAAUGAUAAAAUACCUUAUAUAAAAACACAAAAAAAAUCAAAUGAGUAUUUUUUUUUAAGAUUACCUUUUCCUUAUGAAAUUAUAAAUCACAAUUUAAAAUGUGAUUUGGGUAAAAUAAAAUGUGAAAAGAAAAAGGAAAUAAAAUGGAUAUUAAAUGAUUUUACUAGUGAAUUUCCAGUGAAGUUGUCUGGAACUGUUGAGUUUAACAGAAAUGGUAAUUUUUUUUUUUUUAAUAUAAUUUUUGUUUUAUUGAAUAUAUUUUUUUUUAAAAUAAGUCUAUAA